GAAGUGAGAUGCCCAUGUCAUGGAUCACUUAAGAAUCAAAUAGUUGAUGAGCUUCCUCUCUGCAACGAACAGUCCAGUAGAAUCACCUUGGAAGAGAGUUCCAACGAAGAAGAUGCAAUGAUGGAUGAUUUUCCAUUUCUAAGAGGCAAUCCCUUCACUGCCACAUUGUGGUUUGGCUUACAAGGUUUACAUAUGACUGUUAACGGCCGGCACGAGACUUCUUUUCCUUACAGAGAGAAGCUUGAGCCGUGGUUAGUCAGCGCUGUCAAAGUCUCAGGUGGUCUGAAACUGUUAUCUGCGUCAGCCACAAGACUGCCUGUUCCUGACCACCAUGCUUCUUUAGCUAUAGAAGAGAAGCUGAAAGCUCCAUCUCUUUCCGGGACAAGGAUAACGUUACUGGUUGGUGUUUUCUCCACUGGAAACAACUUUAAGCGGCGUAUGGCACUGAGAAGGUCUUGGAUGCAGUAUGAGGAAGUAAGAUCUGGAGAAGUCGCUGUUCGGUUUCUCAUUGGCCUUCACACUAAUGAGCAAGUUAAUUUAGAGAUGUGGAGAGAAGCUAAAGCAUAUGGUGACAUUCAGUUUAUGCCUUUUGUUGAUUACUAUGGUUUGCUUAGCUUGAAAACUGUUGCGCUUUGCAUUCUCGGGACCAAAGUCAUUCCAGCGAAAUACAUAAUGAAGACAGAUGAUGAUGCGUUUGUUCGGAUCGAUGAACUGUUACUGAGUCUAAAGGACAAACCGUCUAGUGCACUUUUGUAUGGUCUGAUAUCAUUUGAUUCAUCGCCAGACCGUGAGCAAGGCAGCAAAUGGUACAUUCGUAAAGAGGAGUGGCCUCUAGAUUCAUAUCCUCCAUGGGCACAUGGCCCUGGCUACAUCAUUUCUCAGGAUAUAGCGAAGUUUGUGGUGAAGGGUCACCGUGAAAGAGAUCUUAGACUUUUCAAGCUGGAAGAUGUGGCGAUGGGAAUAUGGAUUCAGCAAUUCAACCAGACAGUAAAAAGAGUGAAGUACAUGAAUGACAAAAGGUUUCAUAAUAGUGGUUGUGAACCAAAUUACAUUCUUGUUCAUUACCAAACUCCUCGGCUAGUUUUGUGUCUGUGGGAGAAGCUGCAAAAGGAGAGCCAAUCUGUUUGCUGCGAAUAGAUAUCUCAAUCUUGUUGCACAGAUUGAGAUUUUGAUGAAAUUUUCUACCAGGAAGUAUUGAAAUCUUGUAUAAGAUGUUAUGUAACAUUUGAUGUUUUGUAUAAUAUGCAGCAUGUAAACUAUGUGAAGUCUCUGUCUAAACCUAUUGUAUAGAUUAUGGAAGUGCAUUUACGA